GAAGAACUAUAGGCCGUGGUGCUUUUUCAAAAGUAAAGCUAGCUGAGCAUCGAGGCACCAGGGAGACAGUUGCUGUUAAAAUCAUAAGCAAGGAAAGACUUGAAAGCAGCUACCGGAAAAGAGUUGAGGAUUUAAAAAAGAAAAAGAGGCGGGAAUUUGAGAAAACCCAAAGAAAUACUCCAAGGAAGGUUAACAAUUCGAGCCCCACUGGCUACACAAAAACUACCAGAAGAAUAAAUAGCGAAGCACUAAUAGCUACUUUUCCCUGGAAUUUCCGGCUUCUAAGUUCACCGCGAGCAUAUUCACAUACUUGCGAAAAGCUUGGAAAAGAUCAAAAAGUUCAAAAACUAUGUGAUAAGCAUGAAGCACAACCAAACACGGCCGUAACUUCCAAGAGUAUCAGAAAGAAGCUUGAUGUGGACAUCACUGAAAUUCUUCCCGGACACUUUUCUAGGCGCCUUUCUAAGGAAGUUCGUUUGUUGCAGGUUUUGGAACAUCCACAUAUUAUACGACUUUAUCAAGUUAUAGAAACAGAGCAGGAAUAUUACAUAGUUACGCAGUACGCUCCUGGAGGCGAAAUGAUUGAUUUUAUUGCUCGCAAAGGGAAGUUACCCGAAACACAAGCGAGAUACUUUUUUAGACAGAUAAUCUCUGCCGUGGAUCACUGUCACAAGUCCGGGAUACUCCACAGAGAUUUGAAAUUAGAAAAUAUUCUUCUCUCCGAGAAAAACGAAGUUCUAAUUUCUGACUUUGGCUUGGGAAGAACUUUUAAACCAGAAAAUCUAUGUGACACGUUCUGUGGCACUCCUUUAUAUGCGUCGCCAGAAUUGGUAUCGGGCGUACAGUAUCAGGGGCCUCCCGCCGAUGUCUGGGCGAUGGGUGUAGUUUUGUUUGCCAUGAUUGCAGGAAGACAUCCCUUUCGAGCUAAAAAUAUGAGCCAGUUGUAUAAAAAAAUCAGGGAAGUGGACUAUAAGAUGCCGUCUUGUUCCGAAAGUUUAAAGAAAUUAUUCAAGUCGAUUUUUGUUAAAAGUGCGGAAGCUCGCGCCACUGUUGAUGAUCUGCGCCUUCACGAGUGGGUUAUGGAGGGCUUCACAGAACCUCCCUUGCGCUUAAAGCCCGUUCUUCAGUAUGAUGGCACUAAAAUUGAGAAUUGCACUGCAAUACAAUUCGAAUCGAACGCGAUGAUGUACCAAUUUAAAGAGAUGCCAAAAGCGCAAAAGUAUAGCUUUCCGGUAGAUGAAGAAAUGCUGAGCGCGUAUUCGGAGCGAAGUCAGCUGCUUCCAAUUACUCCUCGGAAAUUAUUAAAAAAAGAUUUUAAACAAAGUAUUGGCUGUAGUACUCUCUUUCCUAGUGGCGAUCUACUUCUUUGCAAAGAGAUGGGAAUGCCUGCCCCUGUAUCCUUUCCAAGAGGCUUAUACACAGCGACUGACAACACUGAAGAGGCUACUCGAAGAUUUUUGGAUCCCAUAAUGGAAGAUUUCUUACGCAAAGUAGAGUAUUUCAGCGGAGAUGGUCAUCUUUGUUGGCAAACUUACGGGUUUGAUAGUAAGGAGUCUGAGUGUAGUGUCUGUGUGCAGAAACAUAAAAACUUGAAAUCUUCAGAAUGGGUGCUACCUUAUAAUUCAUUAACACUAAUCAAAACAUUUAGAAGCUCAUGUUUUCGAAGUGAAACCGCGAAAGAGCUUGAAUCUUCAUUUAAUAACACUUCGGAAGUGGAUUUGUGCAACCUAAAGAUCUCUAAUGAUCCUUACGAAAUAAGUAUUCAACAAUUGAGAGUCAUAAACUGGAAUAAAAAGCAAAAUAGCCUUAGUUUGGAAAUGCGUAAGAAAUUUCUCGGAAGCAAGAUGAAAGAUGAGAGCGUACCAGCGCCCGAGCAUCCUUUAAACUUAGAGAAGUACAUUAAGGGUCAAAAAAAAACAAAGGAUGCAGCUCGAUUGGUCAGAACUUUCUAUAAAACACCAGUUAUUAAGAGUAACGGUUCCGCUGAAACACUUCGUACUGAGCUUUUACUUGUUUUAGAAAGUUUAAUGCUCCAUUGCAUUAAACUUGAUAACUUCAAAAUUACUUGUAACUACAGAAGUAACAACAGAUCUGUCGAACUAGGCUUAGAAGUGGUCAAGGUUUGGCUCCUUAAUAGUUGCGGAGUAAAAAUUAAAAGAUUAAAAGGCGACGGUUGGCUUUAUAAAAAGGUUCGCGAGAAAAUCGUGUCGCGUUUAAAUAAAAAGUACAAAUGAAAUCAAGCAAUAGGCAAUACACUUUUUAUAAUU